CCAAGAUGGCGGUGCAGGAAUCAGCUGCUCAGCUCUCAAUGACUUUGAAGGUGCAGGAAUACCCCACUCUCAAGGUGUUAUAAGCUAACACAGUUGAGAGGAAGCAUGUCACUUUUCUGACCCUUGAAAGGAGAGCAUAGCUCUGUAAUGGUUUCCCCCAUCUCAUCUGGUGCCAUAUGAAACACUGAACAAACGGUUUCGAGCUGCGCAGAAAAACAUUGAUCGAGAGACAAGUCACGUUACGAUGGUCGUGGCAGAGCUGGAGAAGACACUGAGCAGUUGUCCUGCUGUGGAUUCUGUUGUUAGUCUCCUAGAUGGAGUAGUUGAGAAACUCAGCGUGCUGAAAAGAAAGGCAGUUGAGUCAAUCCAGGCUGAAGAUGAGAGUGCAAAACUCUGCAAACGUAGGAUUGAACACCUGAAAGAACACAGUAGUGACCAGCCAGCUGCUGCAAACAUGUGGAAGAAGAAACGAAUGGACCGUAUGAUGGUGGAACACCUCCUACGCUGUGGUUACUACAACACAGCUGUAAAACUAGCAAGACAAAGUGGUAUUGAGGACUUAGUAAAUAUUGAGAUGUUUUUGACUGCUAAAGAAGUGGAAGAGUCAUUGGAGAGACAAGAGACUAUGACUUGCUUGGCUUGGUGUCACGAUAACAAAUCCAGGCUCAGAAAAAUGAAGAGCUGUCUGGAGUUCAGCCUAAGGAUUCAGGAGUUCAUUGAACUCAUUCGACAGAACAAGAGACUGGAUGCUGUGAGACAUGCAAGGAAGCAUUUCAGCCAGGCUGAGGGAAGCCAGCUGGAUGAGGUUCGACAAGUGAUGGGGAUGUUGGCUUUUCCUUCAGACACUCAUAUCUCCCCCUAUAAGGAUCUCUUGGACCCUGCUCGAUGGAGAAUGCUGAUACAGCAGUUUAGAUAUGAUAACUACAGACUACAUCAGCUGGGAAACAAUUCUGUUUUUACUAUAACACUCCAGGCAGGCCUUUCAGCUAUAAAAACACCACAGUGCUAUAAAGAGGAUGGGAGUUCAAAAAACCCAGACUGCCCUGUGUGUAGCAAAUCCCUGAACAAGCUGGCUCAGCCUCUGCCUAUGGCACACUGUGCCAACUCCCGACUAGUCUGCAAGAUUUCGGGGGAUGUAAUGAAUGAAAAUAAUCCUCCCAUGAUGUUACCAAAUGGAUAUGUCUAUGGAUACAAUUCUCUGCUUUCUAUUCGUCAAGAUGACAAAGUAAUUUGCCCAAGAACCAAAGAAGUCUUCAACUUCUCACAAGCUGAGAAAGUCUACAUCAUGUAGGUCCGUACAAACAAGACAAAGUGCCGCUGGAAUUUUGACACAGUGUACGUUGGCAUUCCCUGUAAAGGGGGGGCCUUAAUGUGUGGCAAAGAAGCAAAACCUGCCACCUUGGUGAUCAGACCUGUCGGUGGCAUUAUUGUUUCUUGCGACCAAAGAUCAAUGAGCAACAAUAAACACUCUUCAAACAAAAGAAAAGAGGAAUUAUGACUUAAGUUUGUACUUGAAUAAAAACAAAAAGAAGCUUUGAUUGUCAAGGUUUUGUAACAUAAGGUCAAAAAUUGGACUCUUCUCAAAAGUACUUUCAUCUUUUAAAGGAUAACUCUUUAAAGAUGGACACUUGCACUGGGGGAGAAGUUGCAACAGAUUGGAACCUAAAUCCAUGUUUCUUCCCUCUUCUUCACAAUUGUCCAAGACCCUUUUGUUAUGAAAGAUUUCAGUACUACAAAUACUCUCCUUUAAGCUCCUCUUUGCCUUCUUUAUGAUCCUCUCGUGAAGUAAUCAUGAUCAUGAAUCAUGUAACUUAUUUCCAUGGGAAAAUAUUGUUGUUGUUGACAUGAGACUGGCUUCUCUGGAGGAUCAACUAGGGACUGGUUUGAAGGAGUAUAAAGUCUUUUUCCAAACCCAAAUAUUUUAAGGAGGUUGCAUAAAUAUUGAGAGAAACUGAGAACAUUUCAGGCAAAAUUUCAUGCUUGUUUAAAUGUUCUUUUUCCAGUCUACCAUAGUGUUAAAGUCCUUCUAAAGUUAUUAGUUAUGUGCAUAGGGUUCAAUAUGAAAUCAUUAGUGCUACUGCCUUAUUUCUUGCUUUGAGAAUGUACUCACAUGAAAAUGAGCUGGUAUUCUUAAGUGUUGGGCAAAGUUUCUGAAGAUGCCUUGCAGGAUAAUUACAUAAUUUUAGGGCCUAAAUAGUAUUCAUUACUGAAACUAAUAGUUCAAUUUUAAUGACUACAGAACACAUCCUUAUGACUUUUGGAAAGAAUUAAACCAUUGUAGUUUAAACAAAACCAUAUUGUAGAGGUUUGUAUUUAGCGCUUAUUUUUGCAUGUUGAUGUUGAUUAGCUAAUAAAAGAUUGUAAAUGUAAAACAUGUUAAUAAAAACUGUUUUCCAUUUCUUGAUUAUAUAAAAUAA